AGAGCCAGUUCCUCCAUUUAAGAUGCUGACUUGUUUAUGUUGGAGGGGCAAGUGAAUGACUUUUUAUAGCUCUUACACUCUACAUUGAAGCUUGUUUAAGGCUGUUUCUUUUAAUAUGGAUAGUUUUUUAUAGGUGUAAUAAGCUGGUUUUGUAGCUGAUUUUAUGGUUGAUCGAUGCCUCCAGGUAGAGUGACUCAAACAUAGAGUUGAGUGACAAGCAGGGUUGAGGUGUGAAGUUUAGUCUACUCUAGUCGACGAGUGGAGUGGUGGGUAGGCAGUCCUCCUCACCCCCAGCAGCUCUCUGUCCUGUGCCAGCUCUCGCUGUCCUGGGCGCAUAAAUACAUAGAGGACACAGAGGAGCAGAAGGAGGAGGAGAGGGAGGAGCAGGGCCAACCAUGGAGCUGUAGGGACACGCUCAGAUGCCCGUGCGGAUCAUCAGUGGAGGAGGAGUGCCCCAGAGGAGAAGAGCUCUGCAAUGAACAAGACCAAGAGGAAGCCAAAUGUGGAGAGCCCUGGAGUGCUGAAGAAAGGGAAGCUGGUCCAACGGAGGAGGAAUACAUGUCCCAGUCCUCAGGACAUCACCCGGGCCCUGCAGAGCCCCAGCUCUGCUCCCAGCGCCAGCGCUGCCAGCCUGGAUGAGCUCAUACAGCGCUGCCUAAACUGCUUCGAUUCAGAGGGGAAGCUUUCCAGCCCAAGAGGGUCCCAGCUGGUCCACAUGACCCUGAUGAUGCACAGCUGGGUCGUGCCAUCUCAGAUGUUCGCCCAGAAACUUCUUAGCAUCUAUAAGGAUUUUCCUUCAGACAAGAGAGGACACAGGCGGACACAAGUCUGCCAUCUUAUCAGGCAGUGGACAAGCCAGUUCCCGGUGGUUUUUGAAGCAGACCCCCUCCUUGAGCAGACCAUGGGGGACCUGUGGGCACUCGUCCGGUCAGAUGGGGAGGAGAGGCACUCGCAGCUCAUCGACACCUCCUGCCUAAACCCUCAUGUGAGUAUAUUCCAGGCACCAUCGCCCUCUGUGAAGAAGAGGAAGGUGUCUUUGAUCUUCGACCACAUGGAGCCAGAUGAGAUGGCUGAACACCUCAGCUACCUGGAGUUCAAGAACUUCUGUAACGUUUCAUUCCUGGACUACCGAAGCUACGUGGUGCGAGGCUCAGUGAGGGACAACCCAGCUCUGGAGCGCUCGGUCAUGAUGUGUAACGGCGUCUCCCAGUGGGUCCAGCUGAUGAUCCUCAGCAGACACACAGCCCAGCAGAGAGCUCAGGUCUUCACUAAGUUCACCCAUGUGGCUCAGAAACUUCGAGCUCUGCAAAACUUUAACACUCUAAUGGCAGUGACUGGAGGCCUCUGCCACAGCUCCAUCUCACGCCUCAAAGACACAGCUAACCUGCUGCCUCCUGACGUAACGAAGGCCUUGAGUGAGAUGACAGAGCUGCUCUCAUCACGCAGCAACUAUAGCAACUAUCGGCGGGUUUACAACGAGUGCACUGGCUUCAAAGUUCCCAUCCUGGGCGUCCAUCUGAAGGACCUGAUCUCACUGAAUGAGGCCCUGCCGGACUACGUAGACGAGGACAAGAUCAACCUGAGCAAGCUGCAGCACCUGUACAGCAACAUCAGUGACCUGCUCGCCAUUCACACCUUCACGCCACCUUUCGAGGCCAACAAAGACCUUCUGCAUCUGCUCACACUCUCUCUAGAUUUAUACUACACCGAGGAUGAGAUAUAUGAACUCUCAUAUACCAAGGAACCCAAGAACCCCAAGAUCCAGCCAGUAGCACCAGUUAAACCCCCCGUGGUGGCAGAGUGGGGUUCCGGGGUCACACCCAGGCUCGACCCUGACACCAUAUCUAAACACGUCAAACAGAUGGUGGAUUCUAUAAUGAAAAACUACGACCACAACCAGGAUGGUUACAUCUCUCUUGAGGACUUUGAGAAAAUAGCAGCAAACUUCCCCUUUUCCUUCUGCACUCAUGAAACUGACAGGGAGGGACAAAUUAGCCGUGAAGAAAUCACCUCUUACUUCAUGAGGGGAAUGUCUGUGUGUGCUAAGCUGGGAUACAACUUCAGUGACGUGCAUAACUUUCAUGAAACCACAUAUAAGAGGCCAACGUUUUGUUACAUCUGUGGAGGCUUUCUGUGGGGAGUCAUCAAACAGGGCUACCACUGCAAAGACUGUGGUAUAAACUGUCACAGACACUGUAGAGACCUGGUGGGGAUGGAGUGCUCAAAGAAACAUAAAAACACAACCGGGUCCUGCCCCUGCACCCCGGCCCCUGACAUUAGAACCAAGGGCAACAGCUGGAGUUCAGAGGAGGAGGCCUUCAUUUUCCCUCAAAGUAACGAGGCGGACCACAACAAAGGACCAUCGAUCUGGCCAGACGACACCAGUGAUUCAACGUUAUCGGACAGAUCUACUCAAACAGACCCGGGAGUGUGGACACCGGAGAAAAGGGACCAAAGGGGGAACCACCACAACUCUGUUCUUCAUGGAUCCCCAGAGAGAAGGGUAAACACACUCCCACAGAGAUCUCGCGGCUGCUCCAUGCCCGUUUCUUUCCUGCAGGAGAAGAUGGAGGAGCUACAUCUCUACAAAGACAAGAGCAGGGAGCCGGACUGAGAGCUCCAUCACUGAACCUCUUAUGGACUAAAUACUCAGACACCACCAGGUUUCGGACAGACCUCCGUCUGCUGGUGUUGAACUGAUAAACAUACUGCAAUUAAAAUAAGAGUGCCAACAAAUGAUACACGGAUUAUCUCGUUCUUCAGCCAUGGUAGUGACAUCAUCUCGACUUUGUUUAUUAGUUUUGCUUCUUGUGUCAGACAUCAUUUUAUGAACAUUGUGUUUGCAGGUGUUUCAUUUCUCUGGUGCUAAGAUUUGAUACAACCUCAAGCCUUAAGGUCUUUUCACAGGAAGUGUUCCAGUCCUUUAAAAACAUGUUACAAAUGCAGGGUAGGAAAGUAACACUAACCUCAACAUGAAGUUAGAAACGGUUGAUUUUAACCUCGGCAGCUACGACAACUCUGCUCAUGAAUUUGGGAAGCAACUCCACAAUUUUAGAACAGACGCUGAUUGCUUUCAUGUCAGAGAGAGCGCUAUUUAAAGAGAUGAAACGCUGUGAAAUGUACUGCCAUGAGAUGAACAUUUGGGAUGUGUAAGUUAAAUGUUGUGAAGUUGUAUUCAUAUUAUAUUUUCAAUGUGUUUGUGAAAGGUUACCCUCCAAAGAGCUCAGCAUUCCUAAAAACAAACAGCUUGAGGAGGAAAACCAUCAGCAGUGACAUUCAUUUCUGCCCUGGUGACAUUUCAGACCUUCAAAUCUCUCCAAGUGAUUUUAAGAUGAGCAGGACUGCAUGGGAAGAAGAACUUUAUUUAAAGCUGAGAGCUUCUUUUUUUUUUGUCUUUUGUCAACAAUUUCAAUCUUUGAAGUAAAAGAAAAGUUCCCCAACAAUGA